UGGAUACAAUUAGGUGUGCUUGUUCAUAUUAUUAUCAAGAUAAAAGUACGUAUUUGCAAAAUGGUUUAAUUUCUUGGAUCUUUGUGUGGGGAUGGGGUUCCUAACCAUAUUGUAUGAAAAUAUGAGUGAAAUAGUGUGUCUUUCAUGGAUUUUAUAUCAUUGCAGUGUAUGUCUUGUUUAAUUUAAUAGUCAGAAAUUACGGAGUUUCCUUACGUGAUAGUAUACAUGUAUUAAACGUUACACCCCCAACACACUAAUUACGUUUUAUUUUGUUAUUUUAAUGGUUCUACAGAUUCUUCUAUAUACUUCACCACUCCUUCUCUAAAACAAACAUAGAUCCGCACUUUCUCUUUUCCACCUUGGACAUGCGCCUUUUUGUCUUGUUUAUUGUGAUAUUUUUUUCAUUGCGCUCACUUUGAACAGAGAGCACGGACUUUGUAAAAAAAAAAUGGAUGAGCUACCAGAUAUUCCAGAUGAAUAUUGUGAACAUCAAGCUUUUGUCAAAAGAAAGCGUGUUAUAAAGUUCUGCGACCAGGAGAUCAUACUAAUGCUGAGGAGCUACCAGGUACAUCCAUGUGCCUGGAUUCAAAUUCGUAAAUCUAUGCUUGAAAAUAUCCACCAACUCCCAUCUGAAACUCAAAAUAUGUACAAAUCAUCAUCAGUAAAACAAAUUAAAGACAGGCUGUCUGCAAAACUUUCAAAACUGCUUUCUAUGUCAGAUGGCGACAUAGAAAAUAUAACAAUAAGGAAUGAGUUAAAAAAGGUUAGAAGUAUCGAAAUGAAGCUAGCACGACCUACAUGCUAUCAAGGGAAACAGGCGGGAUCACUGGAUCCGAGAUCACAAAUUACAGGAGAGUUGUCGUCCGACGAAGAUGAGACACUGUCUGCAGGUCCAUCCAAGUCUGUACCUUGUACUUCUAAAUCAGCCAGUGCGAAUGCCCAAUCUGCGUCUGCACCUGUCCCCUCUAGUCCUGGUCCUUCAGCAUCUUUCCGAUCUAUACCUGUGUCUUCUGCUGGUUCUUCCAACUCGACAAUCUACUCCAAUGUCUUGCCCUGCUUCUCUUCCAUCUAG